AUGCAGGUGGACGAGACGUCUGUGGGCGUUACACCUAAGUUCACUGCAGCCAGAUGCGCGCUGAACCUAUCAGAAGAUCAGCCGAAGUUUUUCUGGGAAACGGAUCCUUUUCUGAAAACAAUUUUUGGACAUGAUGAUUUGACUCCUCCUGCACUCAAACGUCCUGACAUUCCAAUUGACAUCACUAGCGUGCCUGCUGACAAUGUGUGGGACUAUUUGCAGAGACCAAAGCGACACGCGGCUGGGGGUCUCUGCUCAGAGGUGAUCAGACAUGUGGAACUCAGGGACGAGCAAGACAAGAGAGCCAGUGUGAUUUCUAACUGGUCCAGUCUGGUAUGCAUUGACUUGGAUGCUUUCUCAGUCGGAGAUGCUUUGGCAGUGAACCCUGAUGGGACUACGCAUGCUGACGUUGAGAGCAGCUUGCAAGCUUGCUUUGCUAGGAAGGCUACAAGCACGUUAAGCAAGAGGUUCUAUGCUUUGAACAAGUUCGUGAAUCAUUGCUGCAGGCAUGGUUUGCAAUUUUUUCCAAUACGUGAACAUGUGGUCUUUACAUAUCUGCAACAGCUGAAUGGAGAUCCAGCCACUGCUCCUUCAGCAGGGCGUUCACUGUUGGAGGCCGUGCGGUUUGCUAACGGCGUCUUGGGCUUGAAGGGUGACAUUGGAGAGCUUGGCACUACAAGGAUUGAUGGUCUAGCGGUUGAAUUGACCAAGCGAGCGGGGCCCAUCCAACAGGCUGCUCCCUUAUCAGUACAACAGGUGAUGUUGCUUGAGAGGCUUGUGGCUGAGUCUGAAGAUUUGCAGGACAGGGUCACUUUCGGUGGCAUGCUUGUUCUGCUUUAUUCAUGUGGAAGAUUUUCAGAUGGGCAGAGGGCCAUCAACAUGAUUCUUGAUUGUGAUUUGGGAACGCUGGAUAUAGACGCCAUUGAGUGUCAGGGUUACCUGGAGCUGCAAGUCCUUGGACACAAAGGUGCAAGGAGUGACAUCUUGAAGAGGACCUUCCUGCCGCUAGUGGCUCCCAUUUAUUCAUUGGCGUCAGUGGAUUGGUUCAGAGCUUGGGUGCAUGCAAGGGAGGCUCUUGGUCUCACGAUCGGAGGAAAGCCCAACAAACCUUUUUUGUGCAGGUUCAGACCGAGCGGCGAAGUUAUGGAUCAAGAGCUCACCUCAGCAGAGUGCAGUUCUCUUCUGCGCCGGGCAUUGAAGUUGACUGGGGAGCAAGCUGCCGCCAUCAAGUCACAUAGCUUGAAGACCACUGCGUUGUCUUGGUGUUGCAAGCAUGGUGUCGACAUUCAUGCACGCAGGCUGUUGGGGCAUCACUUGGACCCCAGUGUGAAGUCACCUGAGACUUACGGGAGAGAUUCCAUGGCGCCCGCAGUGAGGAUGUUUGAGGGCACUCUGGCUGACAUUAAGCGUGGGCGAUUCAGGCCUGAUGAGACCAGGUCAGGUCGCUUCGUGAAAGCAGCAGAGGAGCAACCUGCAGCAACUGAGCGAGACGAGGAGGACGAUGUUCAUGUCCCUGGCUUCUUGAUCCUCGACGACUUCCGUCAGGACCGUGUUGCAGUUGUCUGGGGGUGGUAUGCUACUAUGUGUGCAGCCUUUACAUUGCCUUCGCUGCCAUUGAGCCUGUCAGAGAUCUACUCCGAGGCCACGAGCAGUUUCUCGAUGCCAUCCUGGUUGCAAACUGGCGGAAAUGCUCGAACAAGCUGCCAGAAGCUCUAUGAGCUUACCCAGGGAUUGGAUUUCCGUCUCAGCUUCAGCAUCAACCAGAUUGCCGAGAACUUCAGCUGGGUGCGUUCUCAACUGUGGACCAUUUCACAGUCCAUUCGAGAUCUUCUUCGCCAUCUUGCAAAGCUUGAGAUCCUCAUCGCGGUCCUGGAUUCAUCAUUGGAGCGUUUGGAACAGCAGGUGCAUCAGCUCCUUUUCCAGCCCAUGCAGGCUCGGAUCAAGCCAAAGGCUAAACCCCGUGGUUCUGCUGACAAGGCGCCAUCUAAGAAGAGAACAUCCAGCUUCAGGCAACGCGUCGCCUCAAAGAAGAAGACGAAGGAGAUGGAAGCAAUCUUGGCUAGAUUGGAGUACCUGGAACAACGGGAUGCUCAGCAUGAUAUCUUGGGACGAAAAUUCAAAGCCUUCGCAGCCUCCCUUCACGAAGUCGAAGAUCAGCUGGACAAACAGGGGAUCAAGGUUCGCAGAUUGAAUCAGAUCUGCAGAAACUCGGAAAGGCUGCUGAGGCAGAACGGCCUUCUGGCCGAAGGGGAGGUCGAGCCACCGUUGAACGCCAUGGUUCUCGUCCUGUCAUUCAAAUGCCUUGGGAGCGAGGAAUUUGGUUACUUCCCAGAUACAUCAAUAGAUGAAGCGCCAGCCAAAGCUGAUCCAGAUGAAUCUGUGUUUGAAUUUCCGCAUCUUGAUUCUGAAAGUCAUCAGGUUGCACCAUAUGCUUCAGAACCACAAGAUGAAGUACCUGCUGACACCGAAGAGCUCUUCGGAGAAUGUUCAUCGCAAGACUUCCAACAAUUCAUUUUGGACAAGAACAUCGUUCUUGAGGGGUCGGAUGAGUUCCUUGUGAAGAGGUUGAUUUUUGAGGCACAGACCCUCUUUAUGACAACCAUUCAAUCUCAAGUGCUAUCAGCAGGUUUGCCUGGAGGAUCCGACUCAACCACCAAGAAGCUUCCACCGGUUGAGCGACAAGCACGAAUCCUUGAACAAAAGCAACGUCUAGUUGGUGUGAUCAUUCAGGGCGAAACCGAGCCAUCAUUUGAACUUAUCGAUUUGGCAUAUGCGAUGAUUGAGUCCAAAUCUAUCAAAUUUAUUCCACCUCAUCGCUGUACCAAGAGAGAUACAGAGCUCGUGGAAAAUAUCAGUAAGGAUAAGGAAGUCCUUACCAUUGAGCAGGGUCGCCUUACAUCUAAGAAAUCAUCGUUGCCAAAUACCUCAACUUCAGAUGCUUUGAAGCUCUCCAAUUGCUUUCUUAGACGAGCCCUAGCUUUGGAUCUUGCUCAAGUUACUUCCUUCUCCCAGAUCAACAAGUACCACCAAUUGCUUCUUGCUCAGCUCUCAGUCAAAGCUCCGACUGGUUAUGUUGCGGCCAGCCUUCAACAGAUCAUCCAAGCUGACAAAUUCUUUUGGACCAAGCUUGCGGAGAAAGUUGGCAUUGAGGUCUCGCCUCAAACAGUGGACGUCUUCAUCCAAGAGAUCAUGGUCAGCCCAGAAUUUUCUCUCCAUCUACUUCCUCGCCCUGAAGCUCCUUCUGUGGCUCCAUCUCCGAAGGCUACUGCACCUUCGUCCUAUGGCAAGAACUCCGAUCGACCUCGUUCAGAACGUGACGGACCCUACAAGGGCAAGACUUCGAAAGGCAAAGGCAAAGGCAAAGGCAAACCGCCUUCUGUCUCCAUGCCUGUACCCCUUCGCGGUUUGAACCCGCGCGCCCGUGACAACAAACCGAAAUGCUUUGAUUUCAACAUGAGCCAUGGGUUCACAUCCGAAUUCACCAGCAGCCAGCAGAAUGCCAUCCAUCGGGAACAAGCACAAACUCUGAAGUCUAUUUUGGAUCGGGCGAAAGAGCUGACCAAUUCAGAAAGGAAGCGCAAGCAUAACUGUGAUGAUGUCGUCAAGGCCAUCAAUUCGAAGAAACGUCUUUGCCUUCUUGAAGAGCUGCUGUCUUCGAUACAACAUCCAGACGUGGACAUCGUUGGGGAUCUGGAAGCUGGUUUCAGAUUGACUGGCUGGCUUAACCCAUCUGGGCUUUUCACAAGACAAACAACGCCUCCACAGAUCUCGAAGUCUACUCUUGAAUCGCUUUCUCCCUUUCUCAAUCAGUCUGCGAUCUUCAGGUGUGAACGGAACUCUUCUGGAGAGUUGGCCUUAGAUCUCCUGGAGAUUACGUUGGAGGAAGUCCAGAAAGGCUGGAUUGUUGGGGAAGUCAAUGUAGAGGACCUUGACAAAGGAGAUGUACUGUCACCAAGGUUCAUCAUCCAGCAGGGUGACAAAUCCAGAGCCAUUGACGAUUUCUCCUUUUCAAGUAUCAAUGCAACCAUUGGGUCCACUGACAAGAUUGCGUUACAAGGAGUUGACGAGAUUGCAGCCCUGAUUAAACGCCUGAUGGGUUCAGGCAUCGACGAUCUGCUGGGUCGGACGUACGACAUGGAGGCCGCUUACCGCCAGCUUCCUAUUCAUGCAAGUGAGCGGGGGAAAGCGAUCAUUUGCGUUUAUGAUCCCAACAUGAAGAAGCCAAGACUUUUUAAAAUGGUAACUAUGCCGUUCGGCGCUAUUGCUUCUGUUCAUGCGUUUUUGAGGACAGCAGCAGCCAUCAACAAUAUCUGCUGUACUCUCUUAAAGGUCCCAGUCACCUCAUACUUUGACGACUUCUCAGUCGUCACGAGGGAAUCGUUGGCCAAAGGUACUGACCUGGCCAUAAGGACGAUUUUCGAAGUCCUGGGUCUCAACCUCAGCACCGCAGAGAAGAAAAACCGAGACUUUGCUCGAGUCUUCAGUGCUUUGGGCGUUGCAUUUGACUUGCACAAGAUGCCUGACGACUCUUUUGAGAUCAAGAACACUGAUCAACGAGUUGAAGAUCUUGUUAAAAGGAUUGAAUCAGUCCUCUCCUCCGGCAAGAUAUGUGGUCGUGAUGCGAAGGGUCUAAGGAAGGUCUUUUUCGGACGGUCUGAAGUAGUACAUGUCUUUACAGACGGAUCCUUGGAGCCAGCUGGUGACUCGGAUUCUGUUUCUUGGAAGUUCCUGAAGGGACUGGUGUACAGGAACACCGUGUCCGGAGUUCAGCACUUGAAGAAGGCAGGUGGUCUGAAGUUCAUGUGUGGUCGGAGGCAGAACGACCGCUACUCCUUCUAUGCUGGGAAGCCUGUCAAAGGUGUCGCACUGUGCGAUCACUGUAUGAGCAGCAAAGAGGUUCAGGCUGCUGGCCAUGAGUAG